CCACUCAGAGCAGCCCAGAGACCGCCGCCGGCGCCGCUGCUUUCGCCGCCGCCGCUGCCACCUGAGGAGACCGCCGGGACCUGUCGCCCCUCGGUUGCCACCCCCGGCAGUUCUUUCCUAACACCGGGCUUUUUAUGCACACUGCCACUACCAUUAUUAUUAUUCCAAGAGAAGGAAAACAACAGACCCGCUAAAAAGAACCACGUAUACCUUUCCGAAUUACUCAAGUGUCUCCCGGGAAGAGAGGGUCGCCGGCCCCGGGAGGAGCGGCCAAAGGGGCCGAGGGCGGGUGUGGAAGGGGAGGCGGGAGGAGUUGGGCCACUGCGUGGUGGAAAGUUGCGGGCGGCGGAGACGGGAAGGUGCAGCGCCACAGCCCAGAGGGCGGUGUGUCGGGGAGAAGCCUCUGCCCCCAGCGUCCGGACCGCGAGCGCGCGGGGCCGGGGACGACGCCCCCUCCUGCGGCGCGGACUCUGUCGGUGGUCCCCGAGGAGGAGGAAUAUGGCUUCGAAGGCGGCCCCCUCCUGCCGUCUGGUCUUCUGCCUCUUGAUCUCCGCUGCUGUCCUUAGGCCAGGUCUUGGAUGGUACACUGUAAACUCAGCAUAUGGAGAUACCAUUAUCAUGCCUUGCCGAGUUGAUGUACCUCAGAAUCUCAUGUUUGGCAAAUGGAAAUAUGAAAAGCCCGAUGGCUCCCCAGUAUUUAUUGCCUUCAGGUCCUCUACAAAGAAAAGUGUACAGUACGACGAUGUACCAGAAUACAAAGACAGAUUGAACCUCUCAGAAAACUACACUCUCUCUAUCAGUAAUGCAAGGAUCAGUGAUGAAAAGAGAUUUGUGUGCAUGCUAGUAACUGAGGACGACGUGUUUGAGGCUCCCACAGUAGUCAAGGUGUUCAAGCAACCAUCUAAACCUGAAAUUGUAAGCAAAGCCCCAUUUCUUGAGACAGACCAGCUUAAAAAGUUGGGUGAGUGCGUUUCAAAAGACAGUUAUCCAGAUGGCAACAUCACGUGGUACAGGCAUGGAAAAGUUCUGCAGCCUCUUGAAGGAGCGGUGGUCAUAAUUUUUAGAAAGCAAAUGGACCCAGUAACUCAACUCUAUACCAUGACUUCAUCCCUGGAGUACAAGACAUCCAAGGCUGACAUACAAAUGCCAUUCACCUGCUCUGUGACUUAUUAUGGACCGUCUGGCCAGAAAACAGUUUACUCUGAACAAGCAGUUUUUGAUAUUUACUAUCCUACAGAGCAGGUGACAAUCCAAGUGCUGCCAUCAAAAAAUGCCAUCAAAGAAGGGGACAAUAUCACUCUUAAAUGCCUGGGAAAUGGUAACCCUCCUCCUGAGGAGUUUUUGUUUUACUUGCCAGGACAGCCUGAAGGAAUUAGAAGUUCAAAUACUUACACACUGACAGAUGUGAAACGCAAUGCAACAGGAGACUAUAAAUGCUCCCUGGUAGACAAAAAAAGCAUGAUUGCUUCAGCAGCCAUCACAGUUCACUAUUUGGAUUUGUCCUUAAACCCAAGUGGGGAGGUGACCAAGCAGAUUGGCGAUGCUCUGCCUGUGUCAUGCACAAUAUCUGCCAGUAGGAAUGCAACUGUGGUGUGGAUGAAAGAUAACAUCAAGCUUCGAUCUAGCCCAUCAUUUUCUAGUCUCCAUUACCAGGAUGCUGGAAACUAUGUCUGUGAAACUGCUCUGCAAGAGGUUGAAGGAUUAAAGAAAAGAGAGUCGUUGACUCUGAUUGUAGAAGGAAAACCUCAAAUCAAAAUGACAAAGAAAACUGACCCUAGUGGACUGUCUAAAACAAUAAUCUGCCAUGUGGAAGGUUUUCCAAAGCCAGCUAUACAGUGGACAAUUACUGGCAGUGGAAGUGUCAUAAACCAAGCAAAGGAAUCUCCAUAUAUCAAUGGCAGGUAUUAUAGUAAAAUUAUCAUUUCCCCUGAAGAGAAUGUUACAUUAACUUGCACAGCAGAAAACCAGCUGGAGAGAACAGUAAACUCCUUGAAUGUCUCUGCUAAUGAAAACAAAGAAAAGGUUAAUGACCAGGCAAAACUAAUUGUGGGAAUUGUUGUUGGUCUCCUCCUCGCUGCCCUAGUUGCUGGUGUCGUCUAUUGGCUAUAUAUGAAGAAAUCAAAGACUGCAUCAAAACAUGUAAACAAGGACCUUGGUAAUAUGGAAGAAAACAAAAAGUUAGAAGAAAACAGUCACAAAACAGAAGCCUAAGAGAGAAACUGUUCCACUUGUUGUCCAGAAAAAAACUAUAUAGAACAAUUGAAGCAUGAACGUGGAUUGUAUUUAAGACAUAUACAAAGACACUGACAGCAAUUCAUGGUUCAAGUAUUAAGCAGUUCAUUCUACCAAGCUGUCAUGGGAUAUCAGAGAAUUAUCUCAAGUAAAACAAUGAAAUGAAAUUACAAAUAAUAACAAGUUUUGGCAGCCAUGAUGAUAGGUCAUAUAUUGUGUUGGUUUCAUUUUUUUCUGUAAAUGUCUGCACUGAGAAUUUCUUUUUGGUUUGCCUUUUAUGUAAAUUUUUUACGUAGCUAUUUUUAUACACUGUAAGCUUUGUUCUGGGAGUUGCUGUUAAUCUGAUGUAUAAUGUGAUGUUUUUAUUUCAAUUGUUUAUAUGAAUAAUCUGAGCAGGUACCUUUCUGAUUCUGAUUGCUAUCAGUAAUGCCCCCAAUCUUUCUCACAAGCACCUAAAUCCCAAAGGUGGAAACUUGUGAAGACUGGGGACAUUGCCCUAAUCAAAAACUGAUUUUUAUCACUAGGGAGGAGUCAGAGAGUCAGGUUGAUAAGCACCAGAUGAACUAUUUCUGUGAAUGUGCCGCCAGCUGACUCUCAGAAGCAGUCACACACACAUAUGGACACACACAUAAUAACAAAUAGUACUCCCAAACUGACGCUUUUUCCUGUUCUGAAAAAAACAUCACACAGAACUUGGGUAGCAUUUACCUUUAGAGACAACUGCUAGUAAAUUAUUUUCUGUCAAAAAAAAAAAAAACAAGCCAAUGUAUGAGAGACAGUUUGGAAAACUCAUGGCUAACAUUCCCAUUUUCAUAGAUUACAAUGUAAAUCACUGGAACUGAAAAUUGGAGUUAAAUCCUUUGGGUUAUCCACUGCCUUAAAAUUAUAUCUAUUUCCUUUAAAAAAAAAAAGAUAUCAGUCAGAAUUGGAGAUUUUUAACAGUGAUCAUUAUCAAAGCUGUGUUAUUUUCCACAGAAUAUAGAAUAUAUAUUUUUUUCGUGUGUGUUUUUGUUAACUACGCUACAGAUAUUGAAUGCACCUUGAGAUCAUUUAGUGUUUUUAACUGGUACAUAAUUUAUCAAGCAGUAUGUUAAAGUGUAAUAAUAAAAUGUCUAUGUAUCUUUAGUUACAUUCAAAUUUGUAACUUUAUAAACAUGUUUUAUGCUGGAGGAGCUCUAUAGGGUGGUAGUGUUAAAUGAAAACUUUUUGAGGUAGACCAGAUAUUUGCCAAUAGCUACUUGUGACAAGACUUUUAAACUUUGCUCUUUCAAGCAGAAGCCUGGUUUCUGGGAGAACAUGGCAUGGCCAUUUUUGUCCCAGGAGUUACAUAACUUUAUCGGGAAAAAAAAUGAACAUCAGAUUUCCAGGUAUAGGACUGUGUUCUUUGGGAGGAAAGGAAAACUGGUGUUUGCUUUUUAGAUUGAUGGAAUAAUUAAUUAGGAAGGCAAUGAAAAAUAAAUUGAAGAUUAAAGUCAGAAGAAGAUUAGGAAUAAAUACUUUGCCACUUUUGCAUUAUUUAGAAAUACACAUUGUUGUACAUUUGUAAACUGUUUGCUGUCUGAGCAAUAGUGACUCAGUUUAAUAAAAGCUUCCUAUAGUGUAUUGGUAUGAAUUAAAUACAUAAAAUAUUCUAUUAGACUCAAUGCUGUAUAAAAUAUGAUGGGAAAAAAGAAAAUAUGUUAUUUUUGCCUCUAAACUUUGAUUUAUUGAAGUUUUAUUUGGCAGGAAAAAAAUUGAAUCUUGGUCAAUAUUUAAACCAAAGUGAAAGGGGAAAAACCAAAGUUAUUUGUUCUGCAUGGCUAUGCCAUUCUGUUAUCUCUGUAAAUACUGUGAUUUCUUUUUUUCUUUUAUCUUAGAAUUUUGUUAAAAAAAUUCUAAAAAUUUUAAACACCUCCUUUCCGUGAUAAAUCAUGAACACUAAAAUUAAGUUACUUUCAUAUAAAUAUUUUUUUCUUUUGGUGUGAGAGAUCAAAGUUUCAAAGUUUAACUCCUGAGAUAUAUUUGCAGAAAGAAGCAAUGUGACAAUAGAAAGAGAGUUUUAUACUACAAUUAUUUCUUGGCUUCUGUGGUUAAGUCUGAAAACAGCUGUCAGAACCUAGAGAGCAGAACAUGGGAAACUCUGAGCUAUGGACUGAAAGCAGAAAGUUUGCCAGGGGGAAGAAAGAGACAACAUUAUUAUCAGUGGAUCAGCGCCUGGAUAAAAAGGAAAGCUUCGGUGUGUGCCGACAGCCGUCAGCACAGCAAGGCUGGGAAGGAAGAUGAUACACCAAUUCUCAACUUUGAGGUUCCAUCUUUCCAACUUAACUCUUUGACAACAGGAGACAGGUUUUGCCAGUUCAAGGUUCACUCCCUAUCUGUGAUUACAGGAAUUGUAUGUGGAAAUGGAUUAACAUACCCAUCAAUACCUAAAAUAAUAAAACUGAAAUAUGUCUUCAACGUC